ACAUAGUAUUGUUGUGGUGGAAGAGAGUAGAUAUUUGGAGCAGAGUGUGGUGGGUGAGUAGCGUUUUUUGUUUGGAAGGAGAAGCAAACAUGUCUUACUGUGCUAAGCCUUUGACCUUGCAACUGCAGUUGCACUCAAGAACAUCAUCGUCAUCGUUCCAAUCCCAUGUUGGAGGAGUAACAGUAACAACCUCAACACUGUCUCUUCGGCCCUCUCCUUCUCUUGUUUUCACCCACAACCUCCAUUUCCAACCCAAAAUCAAACGCGCUUCCACAACCAUUCGAUGCGCCUCUGCGUUGACUCCUCAAUUGAAGUCUACCUUGGAUACAGUUAUUGCUUCAAAUAAAAUAGUUCUGUUUAUGAAGGGAACUAAGGACUUUCCACAGUGUGGGUUCUCAAACACAGUGGUGCAAAUAUUGAAGUCUCUAAAUGUGCCUUUUGAAACCUUAAACGUGCUUGAAAAUGACAUGUUACGCCAAGGACUGAAGGAGUACUCCAGUUGGCCUACCUUUCCUCAACUCUACAUAGAUGGAGAGUUUUUUGGUGGCUGUGAUAUAACUGUUGAGGCAUAUAAGAACGGGGAAUUGCAGGAGUUGUUGGAAAAGGCAAUGUUAUCCUGAAACCAUGGAAGGAAUGAGAGGACUUUCCAAGUUUGUAAUCUUCCCUAAGUUCUACUGUGGCUCAGUGAUAAUGGACCAAGUAAAUUGUCCAAUGUUUUCUCGUGUCCACAAAUGCCUAUUAUGAUUACUGCAAAAGAAAUCCUGGUAUUUGAGUAUAAAGCUGAUAACUCAUUUGAUGAUAUCUCAUUAAAUAGACUAUUUAUUGUUUUACUAGUUGCUACUGCAAAUCUAUUGAAUAAACUAUUCGAAACUGA